GUCGAAUGCAAACGGCAUAAAGAGUUUCGAUUUGGAAAUCGAAACAAGUGCGGAUUACUCUCUUAACGAGUCGCGAUUGAUUAUUGUGGAGUCGAACGUUAGUGAGUUAGUGGAGACACCAAGCUGAUCAAGUGCGUUUUAAGGAGGCUGAGAAUUUUUCAUCAUGCGGAUUAUUGUGGAAGAGCAUCCCAACCUGUUGGACGUGUCCGAACUACUUCGGCCGGAGAAAAGCUUCACAGACAAAGAUGUCUCCAUGUUCCGAGACUACACCGUGGACGAUAGCGAUCCACUCAAGGAACGCGUCCGCAGAACUUACAAACUGAUGCACACCCAUCAGACGGUGGACUUCGUGAAAGGUCGCCACGCAGAUUGGCUCAAGUUCGACCACUUCAAGGCCAACAUCAGGGAUGCGCUGGAGAGGUUGAACGACUUGGUCGACGAAUCCGACCCGGAUCUGGACCUGCCGAACAUUGUGCAUGCCUUCCAGACGGCUGAACGGGCUCGCGAGGAAUACCCGGAGUGGGACUGGCUCCACUUGACCGGGUUGAUUCACGACCUGGGCAAAGUGAUGGCCUUCUACGGUGAACCGCAGUGGGCCGUUGUGGGAGAUACGUUUCCGGUCGGGUGCGAAUGGGGCCCGAGCAUUGUCUACCGGGAGGAUAGCUUUGUCGAUAACGUUGACGGAGCGAACCCGAAGUAUAACACGAAAACCGGAAUGUACCAACCCAAGUGCGGACUGCAGAACCUAACCAUGUCCUGGGGUCACGACGAGUAUCUGUAUCGAGUGUUGAAACACAACAAGAGUACGCUGCCGGAGCAGGCGCUGUACAUGAUCCGUUACCACUCGUUCUAUCCGUGGCAUUCGGGCGGAGACUACGGACAUCUGACCACGGAGAAAGACGAAGAAAUCAAGAAUUGGGUGCUGCUGUUCAACCGUUACGACCUGUACACCAAGAGUACCAAGAAGCCGGACAUGGAAGCGCUCUGGCCCUACUACCAAGGACUGAUCGACAAGUAUUGCCCGGGUGAACUGGAAUGGUGAGAGGCUGUUGGACUGUUUGCGUAGAAGAUGCGUUGAUAACAAUGACUAUUUGGAUAACCGAUCUGUACUCAAUUAGGUUGUAAGUGUUAUGAGGAAGAGAUUGUUUUAUCAUUAUAAAUUAGAGGUUAAGCUGAGGUGUAUUAAUAAACCAUGUACUACUUGAUUCAAGUUA